UGACGCUGAGGAGUGGACUGGUCCCACCUCAAGCAAGCUUCACUGACGUCGUCUUUUUUGAAAAAAACAAACAAAAAACAAAGCUGUGAGUGAUUUGUCAAGGUAGAGAUGCUGUAGAUGAACUUUGUCAGGAGAAGAGUAGUGGACCAUUAGAGGAGGAUGGACCGUCGGGCUCCUCUGCCCUUCAUCUCUGCCUUUUGCUUCGUAGGCAUGGUGCUAAGUCAGACCACACCCACUCCUGCAGCCCUCACCACCACUCUGUUGGAGAAUGGCACUGUUGUGACACCGACCCCUGCUCUUGUCAGCACCACCACCUCCACCUGCUCUGCAUUCAACACUUCUAACUGUGAGCCUUGUGCCCCUGGAUCACAGUACGACAAUGGUACACUGCUGUGUGCAUGCUGCGCCGAGCAUGGGCUCUGUCUAUUUCCUGGAGCCUGCCUACCAUGCACCAUCGGCUUCUAUCAACCACUGUCUGGGCAGCAGCAGUGCCUUCCCUGCCGGCAGGGCUUCUACACAAAUUUCACCGGAAGCCCGUUGUGUCUGCCUUGCCCUCCUGGAUCCUUCAACAACAACACUGGUGCAGACAGAUGUGCAAGUUGCUCCCCAGGUUUCUUCUCAUCACUACACAGUUCCACUUCAUGCUCACCAUGUGCACAAGGCAGUUUUUGCAACUCCUCUGGUUGCUCCCAGUGUCAGAUCUGUCCUGGAGGGUCAGAGGCACUACAGUCUGCAGCUAGAGUUUGCACACCGUGUCGGCCCGGUAUGCACAAGGCUCCCCAUCAGACCAUGUGUCAGAUCUGCAGCAGCGGAUCCUUCCAGAUUCACUGGGGCCAAGAGAACUGUGAUGUCUGCCCAGAAAAUCACUAUUGUCCAAGUCCAGACGUGAACCCCAUUCGUUGCCCCGGUGAUGCCUUCUGUCCUCAGGGCAGCUCAGCUCCAGGCUACUGCAUGGAGACUUUCUUUCGUAAAGCGGGGGACACUUGUGAAUUAGCCCCAGUUACCAUUGCUUUGUUAGUUAUUGGAGGAGGAGUCGCUCUGCUCUUCAUUAUUCUAAUGGUCCUACGCAAAAUGAGAGACACAGAUGGCGAGCUGACGGUGUCCCGAGCUCCAUUGCUACGCAAAGAGAGGCCUCAAGGUCGCUACUAUGGGAUUCCCGGUGAUGCAGAACCUGUGUAUGCUGGCUGGUGAAGGGAUGGAACGAACACCAAGUGAAGACUGACAUUUAUUGAUGCCUUCAAUCCUUCAACUUGUUGUUGGUAACAAGUUGGCCCUCGUGUGAAUUAUUGUACAUUGCCAGUUGUCAAACACUAUCCUUUUCUAAGCAAGCUUAUUGGAUUAGCAAGACAAGAAGAUGCAUGCCAGGACUUGGUGGGAGCCUUUUGCUCGUAUGAAAAGCACUUUUUACUGGAAAAAUUGAUUACUUUGCACUCGUAUUAGGGCUGUAGACUCUUGGGUGCAUCCUCUAGCUAAUUCCUUCAUGAACACUGCGGCUUGUUUCAAUGCAUUUCAUUGUUCUAAGUUUUUUUCACCUGCUUUUUUAAGAUUGUGUAUGUUUUAAAAAAUAAAUUAUAGUUAGAACCCAACCUUUAAGUCCAUUGUGCAAAUUAUGCAGCCUACAUAAUAAAUUAAUGGUUACAACCAUCAAGGUUUACCACUUUCACAUCCCUUCCAUCUUUAAAACUAAACUUCCGGUAUUGACUUUUAUUUGAGUAUGGUAUAGUUGUCUUACAACUAACUGAAAAAAAAUACGCUAAGGAUUUUAACAGCGAAAAGACUACACUACACUACAGUCAAGGCCCAAAAUAACUGUCUUGCCUACAGUGAAACGUGGUGGUGUCAUGGUCCGGGGCUGCAUGAGUGCUGCUGGUACUGGGGAGCUGCAGUUCAUUGAUGUACAGUGGCAUUCUGAAGGAGGGAAUGAUGCUUACACUAAAUAUGGACACAAUUUGGACAUGUUCACUGUGUGUACUCACUUGUGUUGUUGGUUAUUUAGACAACCAUGGCUGCGUAUUCGCUUAUUUCAGACAAAUAGUACAUCUAUACUGCUAUGUAAGCUGUACACUGACUAAUGACUAUUUUAAAGUAUAUCCUAGUUUUAUUUCAAUAGUAUUGUCCUUGAUAUAAUAAAAUGAUUGCUGAAAUGUGAGGUGUACUGUACUUCACUGCAAUUUUUGGCGGUACAAAAACCCAAGUGGAGGUGAUAAAAUGAGCUACAGCACGGCGCUUUGAAAACAUUACAGCUGUGACAUUCAUUCCUCCCGUUAGCUGCACUUCUUUGAGCACAUUUGCCAUGCUGACUUCUUUUCAGUGGACACAAGAAGGUUUAAAAGCUGUUCAUU